UUCGGAUCGGUUCGAUUUUGGUUGGUCAGCGAUGCACUGCCUCUUUUGGCUGUUGUCCCUGUGGACCUUGUGCCUGUUUUGGGCAAGGUCACAGGGCCAACUGAUUCGCAUACCCAUGCAGUUUCAGGCCUCUUUUAUGGCCAGUCGCCAUCAACAGCGUGCCAGUAGAUCGUCCCUUCUGGCCAAGUACAAUGUGGCUGGUGGACAGGAGAUUACGUCAAGGAAUAGUGGAGCCACAGAGACGCUGGACAAUCGGUUAAAUUUGGAGUACGCAGGGCCCAUUAGUAUUGGAUCUCCGGGUCAGCCCUUCAAUAUGCUCUUUGAUACUGGAUCGGCCAAUCUCUGGGUGCCAAGUGCCGAGUGUUCGGCUAAGAAUUUGGCCUGUCAGCACCAUCAUCGCUAUAACUCCAGUGCCUCAAGCAGUUAUGUUCCGGAUGGUCGGAGAUUCGCCAUAGCCUACGGUACUGGAAGUUUGUCGGGGAGACUGGCCCAGGAUACGGUUUCCAUUGGCCAACUGGUGGUGCGAAAUCAAACAUUUGGCAUGGCCGUGCAUGAGCCGGGUUCCACCUUUGUGGAUACCAAUUUCGCCGGGAUCGUUGGAUUGGGCUUUCGAGCGAUAGCUGAGCUGAGGAUAAAGCCAUUGUUCGAGAGCAUGUGUGAUCAGCAUUUGGUGGAUGACUGUGUGUUCUCGUUCUAUCUGAAGCGGAAUGGCAGUGAAAGAAUGGGUGGUGAGCUACUUUUUGGUGGUGUCGAUAAAACCAAAUUCUCGGGAUCCCUAACCUACGUACCCCUAAUCCAUGCGGGUUACUGGCAGUUCCCAUUAGAUGGCAUAGAACUGGGCGGUACAAUAAUCAGCAGGAAUCGUCAGGCCAUUGCCGAUACAGGUACUUCUCUUUUGGCAGCACCUCCCAGGGAAUAUCUGAUAAUUAAUAGUCUGCUUGGCGGAUUGCCCACUUCAAAUAAUGAAUAUCUGCUAAACUGUUCUGAGAUCGAUAAGCUGCCCGAAAUAGUGUUCAUCAUUGGAGGUCAGCGAUUUGGAUUGCAGCCCAGGGAUUACGUAAUGACUGCGGCCAAUGACGAUGGCUCGACAAUUUGUCUGUCCGCUUUUACCUUGAUGGAGGCAGAGUUUUGGAUUCUGGGAGACGUGUUCAUCGGCCGAUAUUACACCGCCUUUGAUGUGGGCCAUAGGCGGAUCGGAUUCGCCCCAGCAGCCUAAACAACAUGUUUUGCUUAGUUGCGUUGCGAAUAGCUAACAAACAUCUGUUCUAUUUAAUGGCAAACUUGAACAUAAAACGUGGCCGAAGGGAAAUCACGAGAGUUGGCAACAGAGAGAGAUGGAAACCAGUUUUGUGGAAAAUAACAGCUGACCGACUCACGUUCAGGUUCGACGAGCCCAUCGAAUUUAUUAUAUCUAUAUUACCUAAGCCAUUCCUUGGCAAGGAAGGUAUAUGUGUCCAAAUAAAAUUGAGAAUAAAAUUCACAACGAUUUCUGGGCUAUUAUCUUAAAUUUAUAACUUGCACGCUUAUAUAUUUUCAUUAUUUUGGAUAAUUGCGUUUUUAUGUUAGUGAGUGCUGGUUCUUUUCAUUUAUUUAAUUUGCUUAGUGUUAACAAAUUAUAAUAUUUUAAUGACUGCGUUCUCUGAAAGUUUCAGUAUUGAAUUAAAUGAAACUAUGAGUAUUCUCCCGGCUAUCAUUUCAAAUCAUCUAUUGUUUUAAAUGGCUACAACAAUGAGCAAACUUCCCUUGAAUCAAGCUAGUAUGUGACGUUUCUUCAUAUAUUGGCAUUGA